AAAAUCUUCUCCAUCUGAUCCUCAUCGUACGCAUUCCAGCAUUUCAUCGGCGUCUCUCACUUACCGACUGCUUGGUUUGUCUCAAGACCCGUCUCUCGUUUCUCCUCUCUGACCGCCGAGUGCGAGAGAGACAUGGCGGGCGUCGCAUGCGCUGUUGGGCUCCCGUGGAGUUCGAACCUUUCUCUCUUCUCGCUGUCGAAGCCCUCGCGCUCGGCCCGCCACGUCCCGUCCGUGGUCGUGAGGAAUGCGGUGUCCGUGGAGAAGAAGAGCUAUACGCUCCAGAAAUCCGAGGAGAUUUUCAACGCCGCCAAGGAAUUGAUGCCUGGAGGUGUAAAUUCACCUGUACGUGCCUUCAAUUCAGUUGGUGGACAGCCCGUGGUUUUUGAUUCAGUCAAGGGCUCUCGCAUGUGGGAUGUUGAUGGUAAUGAAUACAUUGAUUACGUUGGCUCAUGGGGCCCUGCUAUUAUUGGUCAUGCAGACGACAAGGUGAAUGCUGCCCUUAUUGAAACACUGAAGAAAGGCACAAGCUUUGGUGCUCCCUGUGUGUUAGAGAAUGAGCUGGCAAAGAUGGUGAUCUCAGCUGUACCAAGCAUUGAGAUGGUCCGCUUUGUUAACUCUGGCACUGAAGCUUGCAUGGGUGCACUCCGCCUUGCCCGUGCCUUCACCGGCCGGCCAAAAAUCAUCAAAUUUGAAGGCUGCUACCAUGGCCAUGCUGACUCUUUCCUUGUAAAGUCAGGCAGUGGGGUUGCCACUCUUGGCCUUCCUGACUCCCCCGGUGUCCCGAAAAGUGCCACCUCUGAGACUCUAACCUCCCCAUAUAAUGACACUGAAACCGUAAAGAACCUCUUCAGCACCCACAAAGGUGAGAUUGCUGCUGUCAUCCUCGAACCAGUUGUUGGAAAUGCUGGCUUUAUUACACCAAAACCUGAAUUCCUAAAUGCCCUCCAUGAGGUCACAAAACAAGAAGGUGCUCUUCUUAUCUUUGAUGAGGUGAUGACUGGGUUCCGUCUGGCUUAUGGUGGGGCUCAGGAGUAUUUUGGCAUAGCUCCUGAUUUGACUACACUGGGGAAAAUAAUUGGUGGCGGCCUUCCUGUUGGUGCUUAUGGUGGGAGGAGGGAUAUCAUGGAGAUGGUGGCUCCGGCUGGGCCAAUGUACCAGGCAGGGACCCUCAGCGGAAACCCUUUGGCGAUGACUGCAGGAAUUUACACUCUCAGGCAGUUGAUGGAACCUGGAUGUUAUGAGUACUUGGACAAGAUAACCGGUGACCUUGUUCGUGGGAUUUUGGAUGCUGGCAAGAGGGCUGGACAUGAGAUGUCAGGUGGAUAUAUCCGUGGAAUGUUUGGGUUCUUCUUCACAGCAGGACCAGUCCAAAAUUUUGAGGAUGCAAAAAAAAGCGACAUUGCAAAAUUUGCAAGGUUUUAUAGGGGAAUGUUGGAGGAAGGUGUAUAUUUUGCACCCUCACAGUUUGAGGCAGGGUUUACAAGUCUAGCACAUGGUUCUAAAGACAUUGAGCAAACAGUUGAGGCAGCUGAGAAGGUACUCCAAUGGAUUUAAAUAAUUGAAACUAGCUGCCAAGUUUUUAUUUUUGUUUCCUUGUAUUGCUUCUCUUUUCUUUUCAUCUUUUUGAAUCUGCAGCUGAAAUUGUAUGUACAAGUGUUCCAUUACACAAGGUACUUCUUGUUUGGAGAGAACCAUCGUCUGUUAACUUAUAGUUUUGAGCACUAUCGUACGUGCUGCAAAGCUUGUUUUGUCUUCUCGAAAUUUGAUGAUACGAAAUAUAAACUCCUAGCUUGGGCUUCACAAAUUAA